GUCCAAAAACCGCCAAUGAUUAGAACGACAGUGACGCGGCAAGUAUAAACUUGCAGAAAAACACGAACAAUAUCGAAAAUCCUGUAUCCGUUAUUCGGGAUUCUCUAAAUGAAACAUCCAUAUACCUUUAACCAAAUACCACGCAUGUAGAAUUUGCCUCCUCAGUAUUUGUCGAGUUAUUAUAAAAGUACCUCCCAUCAACGCAAUGCACAAUGUUUGGAAAUUGCUGUAUUCCCGAAUUUACUCUGGUGAAAUGUAAGGAUCGCACUGGUGUUGUUAUCCACAUUUUGGUUGAUUGAAAGAAACAAAAAAAUCUUGCAAACAAAGUCCGAUGAAAUCAUUAGAGGAUAACAGUGGAUUACAGCUAUGAAUAAUAUAGACUUUGACAGCACAGAACUAUGUCUGAUAGAUUCAGGCAUCAAGUCUCUCCAAAAAAUCCCCCUGAGGCCCCAGAUCCAGGUUCUGAAUCUACACAGUAAUUUCAUCCACAGAAUUGAAAACCUAUUUCAUUUAAGGAAUCUGAAGCAUUUGGAUUUGUCUGCAAAUCAGAUCAGUAAAAUUGAGGGCUUUGAAAACUUGACUAAUCUGAGGACCAUCAAUUUAUCCUGUAAUCACCUGAGUGAUGUCAGAGGUCUGAAUGGACUAAGGUCCCUUGUGAAGAUAAAUCUGAGCUACAAUCACAUCAGUGACAUUUCUGGCUUUAAAUCUUUACAUGGUUCGGAGUACAAAUUAUCACACGUCGAACUACAUGGAAACCAGUUGUCCUCUCCUCAGCAUGUCAUCAAGGCUCUGAUUGGAUGUUCAAACCUCCGACAGUUAACACUCUGUUUGGAUGGCUCUUCUAACCCUCUAUGCUCUGAUCUAGACCGGUACAGAUCUCGACUGCUGUCUGCUCUGACCCAGUUGGAGGUGCUGGAUGGAGUGAAUCGUCUCGGAGAGUCAGUGAGCAGUUUUGACGUAUUGGCCGAUAUUCCAGGUCUGGAGAAUUACAUGGAUUUUCUUGUUUCUCAGUCAUCAUCAGUAUCUGAUAGCAAGUCAGUGGAUGUUGUCACUCCAAAAAUUGAUCAGGCCUUAGAAAAAUUUCGUCAGAGAAAGUCCCCCACCUUCGCCUCAGAAAUGAGUGCUACAGCCUCUGAUGCAGACACUAGUGCUGGGAUCUCUGUUGGGAGUAAGCAGUCUGUAGCGGAUCAAGAGGCCAGGCUGGGGUUCCUGGAGUUACAGCUGGCCCAGCUGAUCCAAGGCUCCAAGAAGAGCUCAUUAGAAGAAAGAAAAGCAUCAGAAAAGAAGCAUGUGGCAAAGAGAGAUGUAGAUUCUACUGAUGAAAGUGAUUGCAGUUCUUUGCGCCGAAGAAGUAAAUCCCCAGGAAAUCGCAAACAGAGAAGAUCUAAAAUUCCUAGUUAUCGGAAAAGUACAGCUGCUUCAAGGUCACGAAAAGAAGCCAGCAGUCCUAGCAGGGAGGGAACCAGCCCAAGUCCACCAGUCCACAGUGAUGACACAGCAGAGAGUUUACCAAAGGGUGCCCAGAAAACUCCCUCUGCUGUGAUGGUGUUGGAGACACAGAAGAGGGAUGACAUUAAGUCUACCUAUGUGCAACUUAUGAAGGAGCUGGAAACAGAGAGAGAAAGAAGGUGGAAGGCAGAGCAAGCCAGCAAGAAACUACUGAACCAUAUCCAGGCAUUACAGGGCAAAGCAAAAGAAGGGGAUGAUUUAAAAGACACUGCUAUUGAGGCAACCACUCGCCUGAAACAGGCCCUGAUGAAUGAGAGAGAGGCCAAGUUACGACUGCAGGGGGAUGUGGAGAAGCUGAGAGAGCACAUCCACGAACUGAACCGCCAGCUGAAGGUUGCCAAGGAGGCGGAGGAGAGCCUGAAGGGCAGUCUACGUGCCCUUGAAGAGGUCACGGCCAAAAUGGAGCGGGACAAACUGCAGCAGCAGACGCAUGAGCAAAAGAAAACCCAGGAUGCCCAGAUGAGAGCAGCUGCCUUGUCUCGAGAGCUCGAGUUGACCAAAGCAACAAAUGAGAAACAGAAAUCUCAGAUCUCACAGCUACAGGAGCUGCUCGCCAACAGGGAACAGCAACACAGGGAGGAGAUGAAGAAGCGAUACAGUCUGGACAGCCGUGAGUUACAGGAAGUGAUCGCAGAGCAGGUCAAGAAGGCAGAGAAGAACUACAGUAUGGAGGUCAAGUCCCAGAAUGACAAAGUGGACUUGUUGUCAAAACAAUAUUCUGAUCUAGAGGAUGAGUUCAGAAUGGCCUUGCAGAUUGAAGCAAACAGAUUCAAAGAGCUUCAACAUGCAUACCAAACAGUGAGUGAGGAGAAUGCAGAAAAUAAGCAGGCAUUAUUGGCAGCUCAGCAGAAAGAUGAGACAUCAUCAGCCAUGAUUAGUGAACUCACACAGCUUGUGAAAGAACAGAAAGGCAGAAUAGCAGAACUAUCUAAAGCCAAGCAUGAGCAGGGAGCAGAAUACAAGGACAGGAUUCAGGUGCUGGAAGCCCAUGUAGAGGAGGCCAGAAAAAGGAUGUUACAGAUGGAGCUACUCAAACAGGACAAGACUAAACUGCUGGCCCAGGUGGAGGCCCAGGAAUCAGUGAUCUGUGGUCUGAGGGCGGAGCGGAAACUCUGGGGGCAGGAACUGGCACAGCAAGGUUCUUCCUUGGCUCAAGAUCGUGGGAGACUGGAGUCCAAAAUCGAGGCCUUAAACUCAGAAGUCACAAUACUGAAGAAAAACCUGGAGAGGGAGGCUGAUGCUUUGAAGAUCAAAACCAAGAUGUUGGAGGACCAGACAGAGACUAUCAGAAAACUGAAGGAGGCUGUGGUGGAGAGAGAUGAGGAGAUCAAGAGGACCCGGGAGGAGGCCCUGAGGACCCAGCAGAAUCUGGAGGAGCAGCUGGCUGAGGAGAGGGGAUCUACACAGGAGAAUCAGGAAACUUUGGAGAGACUGAGAGAACGGAAGCAAGAGUUGAAACAAGAGACCCAGGAUCUGAGGGCAGAACUAGAGGACUCCAAGAAGGCACACAGCAUUCUAAAUAACAAAUGGAAAGAGAAGUCACAGCUGAUUGGUCAGUUGGAGAAGCAGGUCACGGAGAUGAGAGACAACUGGGAGAGCAAGGAGCGCAAGCUGACCACAGAGAGAGACAAGGCUAUAGAGGCUGCAAACAUUGCCAUAGGGAAGUUAAAAACUGUGGAUGAUGCCUUUAGACACCAGCUGGAGAGUAAAGAGAUGAAGCACAGAGAAGACAUGGCACAGCUAGAGGAGGAGAGACAGAUGGAGCUAGAGAGAGCCAAUCAGAGGAUUGCAGCAGUGGAGGAUGAAAUGCGUGAACUGUUACAGGAAACUCAAGCCAAUAAAAAGGCAAUGGAGGACAAAGUGAAACGCCUGACCCGGGCAAUGACCGAGCUCCAAUCUGAUCUGAUUUAAACUCCAUCAAUAAAGUACUCAGUGACACCACAUCCCAGCUCACUCAAAGCCAAGAAGGCUCUCAUUGACAGAACGGAGAAGUAAAUACCAGUAUACUGAGCCAAAUUGAACUGGUUCUGAGUCUUAUUGUGGACAGAACUGGUUCAAGCUCCCCUCACUUCUAAAGACACCUGUCCAGAACAAUCUCUAAUUCUCAGGGUUUGAAAUGCUUGUACAAAGAUGACCAGAAAUUUAAGUUGUAUUUCAAUGGAAUGUUGUUUAUCUAUGAGUUUUAUGUGUGUUUAUUUAUGAUGAAGUGAAUUGAAAAAAAGGCCACAUGUGAUGUACAAUGGAUUAUCUGUGAUGUUAGAUUUAUGUACUUAGUCUUCCUGAUCUGAAAUAUAUUUACCAAUCGUAGGAUGUAUUGCCACGGUGUUUGCUAGUUUGUAGGAUGUUAAGUUCGAUGUCACUAAAUGCCAUGUGGUGAUAUGUGUAUACUUAUUUAAUAUUGUGCUAAAUGACAUAAGUGAUUACACAAUGAUUAAAGUAAGUUCAUUUAUUAUUGUCUCUCUCAUGAAGCUAGCGCACUCAGGCCUGACACAGAAGGGGUGUAGUCUAAUAGACUCGCAUAUUGUGCAUUGUCAACAAAAAUUACAAUAAAAAGCUUUUCUCUG